AUGACUCUCAUCAUCACUGAAACAUUGACUACUGAAAAGCUCGGUAAAGUCUUCGAUCAUGCUAUUCUUCGCCCAGAUCAAACUACCCAAGAUGUCAUUGAAGGCUGCAAAGUAGCCAAGGAAUACAACCUCGCUUCUGUCUGCGUCAAGCCUUGCGAUGUCGCUCAAGCUUACGAUUUACUCAAGGACACCGAUGUUAUGGUUGGUACUGUCAUCUCCUUUCCUCACGGUAACUCCACUACCGAAGCCAAGAUCACAGAGGCUUUGCAAGCAUUGGAAGACGGUGCUAUUGAGUUGGAUGUGGUGCUUAACAUUGGCCACUUGAAAUCAGGCAACUACCAGGAGGUUGAACAAGAGCUCAAGCAAAUCAUUACCAUGUCCAAGACAAAGAAAUCUGAUGUCAGUGUCAAAAUCAUCUUUGAAACCGCCUAUCUUAGCAACGAGGAAAUUGUAAAGGCUUGUGAGAUCUCAAAGGCUGCUGGUGCACAUUUUGUCAAGACAUCUACUGGCUUUGCCUCUGCUGGUGCUACCUAUGAACACAUCGAGUUGAUGAGAAACAAUGUGCCCGAGUCGAUGGAAGUCAAGGCUUCUGGUGGUAUCAAAACCUUGGAGCAAGUACUCAAGUUCCUCGAAUUAGGUGCUACUCGUAUCGGAUCUUCUUCCUCAGGGCAGAUUGUGGAAGAGUUCAAAAAGAUCCAAACAGCUUAG